AACUUUGUGCAUAAACUCCAGAGGCACCGAGCGCCGCGAACGCCUUCUGAAGGUCCGCUCCCCGCGCAAGUACUUCGUGCACCCCACGCGCAACCAUGUCGUCACACACCCGCGUGGCUCUGGUCACCGGGGCCAACAAGGGCAUCGGCUUCGCCAUCGUGCGCGACCUGUGCCGGCAGUUUUCGGGGGACGUGGUGCUCACGGCGCGGGACGAGGCGCGGGGACAGGCGGCAGUGCAGCGGCUCCAGGCCGAAGGACUGAGCCCCCGCUUCCACCUGCUGGACAUCGACGACCUGCAGAGCAUCCGCGCCCUGCGCGACUUCCUGCGCAAGGAGUACGGGGGCCUGGACGUGCUGGUCAACAACGCGGGCAUCGCCUUCAAGACUAAUGAUCCGACACCGUUUCAUAUUCAAGCAGAAGUGACGAUGAAAACAAACUUCUUUGGUACCCGAGACGUGUGCACAGAACUGCUGCCUCUAAUGAAACCCCAAGGACGCCCUGCCCAGGCCAGGUGCAGAUCCCUCCCCAUCGCCUCCAGAAGGCCUGCACACUCACAUGUGCCACAGAUGGCCACAGGCCAGUGGUAUAUCUCCAGGCAGAUGAGGCAGCUCUACUGUCCCUCAGGCCUGCUGUCACCUGGAGAGGCCCCCACACCACUGCCUCUGUCCAGGCCUGCUCAGGCUGCCUAUAUGCACAUUUUUUUCAAUAAGCAUACGUACAGUACUAUAAAUAUAUGUUCUUUUAUUUACGAUUUUCUUAACCUGUUCUCUACCUUACUUUAUUGUAAGAAUAAAUCAUGUAUGUUAAUCGACUAUUUGUGUCAUGGAUACGCCUUCAGUCAAAAUCAAACUAUCAGUAAACUUUUGGGGAAAUCAAAAGUUAAUGUACAUUUUUCUACUGCAUGGGGAUUCAGCAAUUCCUAAUCCCUGGGUUGUCAAGGUUCAACUGUAUUUGGAUCAGGAAGCACAAAACCAGAAGUAGUUAGCAAUGCUCCAUCGACAGGUGCUCAGGGAAGGACUAUUAUACAGAAAAACCCAGAAUUGAAGGAAGAAAAUUAUUGAUUGAAUGUAACUUCAAGCUUAGUUGGUUGUUUGUGAUCGGUCGUCCUUAGGUUUCAGUUUUGUAAGUUUGAGGCAUUUACAGGCAUUGAUUUUGGUUUGCUACAUAUGCCACCAGGUAUUAGAGCCACUGCAAAGUAAUGGCCUCCUUGUUUAAUUAAUUUAACAGUAUAGAAAUUAGCUGACAGUCAGGUAAAUCCAGUUUUUCAUCAGGCUUGUCAUUUUCCAUCAGUAUUACAUCCUGAGCAGACGGUCACUCAGUCUUCCGGUACAUUUGCUCAUCACUCUCCAUAGCAUCAUAUGAUUCGUUUAUAAAUGGUAGUUGAAUAUUACUAAGAAGUCCAAUGUGACACCACGUCACAGUGCAGUAGCACAUCUAACAGAAAAAUAAGAAUCAAGAGAUGCUGGCACAUUGCUAGCGUCCCACUUGGUCACUCACAGUUGGUUCGGUCCAUAUCACAUGAGCAAAUCUGCCACAGAGAUGUCACUCAGGUUCUCAGGCCUACAUUCAUCCUUGUGAGCAUGUUCUUAUAGGAGCCGUUUCCGAUUUCCUGUGGAGCAUCUGCUCGGCGCCCUCCCCACCAGAGCAUUUCUCAGGCAUCAUUGGAGACAUUAUGGGUAUAACAAGUUUAGGACCGUCCUGUCCUUGACUCAUGCAGGCAGUCUUCAUUAAUGCUCACAGCAAACUCAUGAUACUUCAGUGGAAAUUUUCUAGUACCAAAUCUUAGAGAAACUGGAAUUCAUCUUUCUUUGCCCUUCUCCAUAACAUUUUGUGUUGUA